GACUCGGCUUCACUUCAACACCGCCCCCCUUCUCUUCCGCUCCGCCUUAAAAGGCCGCGGAAGAGAGGGAGAGAGGCAGAGGGAGAGAGGGAAGGCUUUAAGGAUAUCUCUCUCUCUCUCUCUCUGCCUCACGCCUUUGUCGCCGUGAUCCUCCUCUUCCGCGGCAGUAUAUAGCGGCGGGAUCUGGUGCUCCCCUGCCUCCGUCGCUCCGAUCGUGAGGGGAACUCACCGGUCGUGUUAACGAAGCUACAUCUGGCGACUCGGACGCGAUCUCGAGCUGCCCGGUCGGAUCCCUUCAUUUCGAGAUGGAGCCUGCCAAAACGGAGAACUUCCAUGUGAGACUUAAUUCUACAGAUCAAAUAUAUCAAGAUUCUAUGUAUGAUAGGAAAUCAAUAUUUUGGCAAGUUGAUGACCAGCCAUGUCCAAGAGCUGAAGUCAUUUGUCCUCAACCUCGUAGAGCUACCAGGAUUCCUUAUUUCAUGCACAGUCUAAAUAGAAUCAAUGGCAAGCCAAAGGGCCUUCUGCCGAUUCAUAGAGUGGAUUGUGCCUCUGAAAUUCUUGACCUUCUCCUGAGUAAGGAUGCCUCCGAAGGUGAUUCAGACUCCAGCAGCCAGGUGGGCUUUUUCUGCGGGUCACCACCGGCUCGCACUAACAAUCCAGUAGUCCAUGAUUCAGAAUUUGGCAAACAAAGCCCGUUCCUAGAUUCUCCCAAAGGAAUCUCCCCCAGCAUGAAGCAGGCAGGCAGAGUGGAAAGAGGAUCUCCGACCUGUGGUUCUUCACCUAAAGUAAGAAUUGAAGGCUUUGCUUGUAGCAACUCCGAAUCACAAUGCAUCGUCCCUGCUUUUGCUUGACCUUCACGCAACUAUAAUCCGACCCCGCUAUCCCAUUGUAAAUCUCCACCCUUGAUAAAUGUGUCUCUUUCUUAUUAUGGAUAGUCUCGAACCCUGUAAAUGCCUGAGUUUUGUGUAUAAUGUGUCUGGUGUAAGGUCUAGUAUCAGAGAUUUGUCUCAGAAGGGUGUAAGGUGUAGUUUCUGAGAUUUGUCUCAGAAAAUGAUCUACCAAAGUUGUAAGUAAAUGUUCUUAUAUAUUACCUAACUUGCUGUCUUAUCAAAUUAAACAGUAUAUUGUUAA